CCUCGCCCUCCCCACCCCGAACCUGGUUUACGGCUCUGGGCUCCAGCUCCAGUGCGGCUUCUGAUUGGCUGCUGAAGACUUGGUCCCACCCCUGUGACCCCAAAGUGCUGAAGGGAGGGGGCGGGGGUGGCCCAGUGCAAAGUGCAUCCCGAAAGCCCCCAGUGCGGACACCCCUCGCUGCUAGCAUCUCAGGCCCGGUACGACGUGGGAUCUCGCUGUCCCGAGACCUCCUGAGUCCCCCCCUCGGUAAGGUGGGAGCCUCCGGCCCGGAGCGCGGCAGCCCCCGGCUCCGAGUCCCCCACACCCCGAGUCGGCACUUCCUCCCUGCACCCCUGACCCUGGCUUGCCGGGGGGGCUGAGACCGGCACCCCUAGUCUACUGGAGUUGUCUGGAUGCUCCCCGGGCUGGGGCACUGAGAAGAAUCAGGAACAACCGUGUCCGGCCCUGCCCGUGGUGCUUCUUCAAUGGAGAAGUUGGUGAAUGUGGAGGGGGCUCAGAGGAGGAAGAGAAGCAGCAGCUGAGGGGACAGGUCUUUCUGGUCUUCCUUGGAACACUGUACCACUGACUGCUUUCCGACUCCCGGGUUUGAGCCGGCUGGAGGAUUAUUGCCAAGGGCGUCUUGCCCAUCCACCCAAGAAUCAGUGGGCAGAGCGCCUCUGACCAGCCUCCUCUAUACAGAUUGAGAAGGCGCUUUGCCUCUGGAGGCUGGACACACGCAGAACAUUUUCUCACCAUGCUGUGUGAGCACCAUGGUUACUAGACAGCCCAUAGAGCAAGAGAAGGGACACUCUUCCAUGAGGCUGCUUCCUGUGACUUCAUGACACCUUUGUGAAAAUUAGACUUUGCUAGGAUGUUACACCACCAUUGUCGAAGGAACCCUGAACUCCAGGAAGAACUGCAGAUCCAGGCUGCUGUGGCCGCUGGGGAUGUCCACACAGUACGGAAGAUGCUAGAACAAGGCUAUUCUCCAAACGGCCGGGAUGCCAAUGGCUGGACCCUACUCCACUUCUCUGCAGCAAGAGGAAAGGAAAGAUGUGUUCGGGUAUUUCUAGAACACGGAGCUGACCCCACGGUGAAGGACCUGAUUGGAGGCUUCACCGCUCUUCAUUACGCAGCCAUGCAUGGCCGGGCCAGGAUCGCGCGCCUGAUGUUGGAGUCGGAAUAUAGGAGUGACAUUAUUAAUGCAAAAAGCAACGAUGGCUGGACUCCCCUCCACGUGGCUGCCCACUACGGUAGGGACUCGUUUGUCCGGCUCCUCCUGGAGUUCAAGGCCGAGGUUGACCCACUCAGCGAUAAAGGUACCACCCCCCUUCAGCUCGCCAUCAUCCGUGAGAGGUCGAGCUGUGUGAAAAUCCUCCUGGACCACAAUGCCAACAUUGACAUUCAGAAUGGUUUCCUGCUGCGAUACGCCGUCAUCAAAAGCAACCAUUCUUACUGCCGGAUGUUCCUUCAGAGAGGAGCAGACACAAACUUGGGGCGCCUAGAGGACGGGCAGACUCCUCUGCACUUGUCCGCCCUGCGGGACGAUGUUCUGUGUGCACGGAUGUUGUAUAACUAUGGCGCAGACACGAACACAAGGAACUAUGACGGCCAGACCCCACUGGCUGUUUCAAUAAGCAUUUCGGGAAGUAGUCGGCCGUGUCUGGAUUUCUUACAAGAAGUCACAAGACAGCCCAGAAACUUACAGGACCUGUGUCGAAUUAAAAUUCGACAGUGUAUAGGCCUUCAAAACCUGAAGCUACUUGACGAACUGCCCAUCGCCAAGGUCAUGAAGGACUACUUAAAACACAAAUUUGAUGAUAUCUGACAGGCCACAACUGUGAGCAAGAUGAGGAGUUCAUGUUCCAGAUACUUAAAAGGCGCUUUUUUUUUUUUUUUUUUUUUUUUUUUUUGCCUUGCACAAAGUAUAUCCUAUGCAAUUUCUGAUUUGCUAUGAAGUCAGAAAGCAGGUAUACACAUCGGGGGGCGGGGGGGAGUCUAUUCAGCUCGUUGGUUUUCCUCGGAGAAGGGGAUUUUUAUAUAUAUAUAUAUAUACAUACAUACAUAUCUAUAUAUAUAAACAUACCACAUGCUUGAAGGUCUUAAUUUGGUUUCUUGGUCCAAGUUUAUGAGGUCCAAGCUUUCUAUACAAUAUUGCAUUUAGGAAAAUUGUGUUUUGUUUCGUUUUGAUUUCUUUCUUCCUAAGUGAUGUUAGGUUUGGAGUGGAGAAUUUUAUCCUUACACAUUUAUGGUUUUAUUUGUGAGUGCGGUACUAAAAGCCAGCAGAACACUUACCAAGGUUUGCUGUCGA